AUGAGAUCUAUUGCAAAAAAUAAUUAUUAUUGUAAAUUAGUAGAAACGCUUAUUCAGGCGGAAAAAGAAUCAGUGACUAAUAUUAUAACUAGGAUUAAAGAUUAUAUCAGUCAGUCUGGCAUUGCUAAUAAUCUAAAUGUAGUGCAAUACUUAUUGAGAGGCAUACAUUGGCUUUGUGAUAAAAAUAUCACUGGUGAUUUAUUUCUCAGGCUAAUAGGAUGGGAUUUAAAGGAAUACGGAAUGACAUUAAGACAGGCAUUAGAACUUGAGGAUUACAUUAAGGAACUUUAUGAGUAA